GGAUGUGUGUUUGUGUCCAUGUGUGCGUGUGUCCGUGCGUGUGUGUUCGGCUACAGCUCCGCUCUCUGACAAAUCUUUAAUCCGGUUCAGAUCGCGCUCUGUUUAGUCCGGAUCUGCUGAACGAGCAUGUCGUCCAGUCCACAGAACCAGGAUCAGAAACUGGAUCGGGAUCGGGAUCGGGAUCAGGACCAGGACCAGGAUCAGAAACAGGAUCAGGGUCAGAAACAGGAUCGGGAUCGAGACCAGAAACGGGAGGGGAAGGAGGGGAAAGAGGUUAAAAAUGAGAAGAUGAAAAAAGAAAAGCAAGAGGAGAAAGAAUCUUUUAAUUAUUUUAUUUACAACCCGACAACCAGAGAGUUCAUGGGAAGAACCGCAAGCAGCUGGGGUCGCAUCCUCCUCUUCUACCUCAUCUUUUAUGGGUUUUUGGCGGGAAUGUUUUCAUUCACCAUGUGGGUGAUGUUACUGACACUUGAUGAUAAUGUCCCCCGACAUCAGGAUCGAGUCGCCAAUCCAGGUUUGGUGAUUCGUCCUCAUGCAGCGGAGAUCUCGUUCAAUCGCAGCGACCCAACAAACUACAACCAAUACAUCCAACAACUGCACGAGCUCCUGCAGCGUUAUAACGACAGCAUUCAGAAGCGUCACGACUUGUGUCUGGUGGGUGAAUACACUGAACAGGACGAGGAGCCAAUAAAGAAAGUUUGUCAAUUUAAACGUAGUGCGCUGCGUCAGUGCUCCGGUCUGUUCGACACCAGCUUUGGAUAUGCUGACGGGAAACCCUGUGUCAUAAUCAAGAUGAACCGGGUCAUUGGACUGAAGCCACAAGGAGAUCCCUUCAUCAACUGCACUACAAAGGGAGACCGUCCGUUACAGAUUCAGUAUUUUCCAUCUGAAGGUCGUCUGGAUAAAAUGUUUUUCCCAUAUUAUGGCAAGAAAGCACAUCCUGACUAUGUGCAGCCUCUCGUCGCCGUCAAGUUGUUCUUGACAAAAGACAACUUGAACGUCGAGCAGACAGUGGAGUGUAAAGUCCACGGUUCUGACCUGCGUAACGAUGAUGAUCGUGACAAGUUUCAGGGUCGCGUCACUUUCCGGGUCAAAGUGACAGAGUAAACCGGCCUGCCAGUUGCCAUGGAGACCACAAACUACGUUUACACUGGAAAUGAAGGACUCGGUUUAAUCCAGACCUGAUUUAUUCCUGGAUGUCUGAAUGUGGUUCAUCCUGUUGUGAGUCUGAUGAGAGGAACACACACACACAUCCUCUCAUGUUUAAACCUGGUUCAGACCUGAUCCUGGUUUAGUCCAAUCAGAGUUCAGAUCUGCUCCUGCGUAGAUGAGAGGAGAAACCAGAGUGACUCUGGUUCACUCUGCUCAGACAGUAGGACCAAAUCAGGUCUGAUAUGAAACAUGUGAACUUAAUGUGAUGUCACAUUACAAAGAAUCUUCACCACAAAACGGUGACAUUACACUAAGAUGGUAAAAUCACAGUGACAUCACACUAAGAUCACAUGGACAUCAUACUGACAUCAUGCUGACAUCACAAUGACAUCACACUUAGAUCACAGUGACAUCAUGCUGACAUUACAAUGACAUCACACUAAGAUCACAGUGACAUCAGACUGACAUCACACUUAGAUCACAGUGACAUCAGAAUGACAUCACACUUAGAUCACAGUGACAUCAGAAUGACAUCAUAGUGACAUAACACUAAGAUCACAGUGACAUCAGACUGACAUCACACUUAGAUCACAGUGACAUCACAAUGACAUCACACUUAGAUCACAGUGACAUCAGAAUGACAUCACUUAGAUCACAGUGACAUCAUGCUGACAUUAC